CUUGCUAGUAAUAAGCCAACUCGUUACCCCAAUGCCCGAUCUGAACAUCUCUCUCGCUUUCGCGCUUGCAUAAUGUUUUGAAAAUAGCUUUUAAUCACACUCACCCAAACACACAUUUAGGGCUCCGAAUCAUGGAAUCGGAUCUUCCAUUGAUGGAACUGACUGAAGAAGACGAUUCUCUUAUCGAACCGUUUCCAGAUCCCAAGCAAACACCUUCGAAAUCAUCAUUCAAUUACUUUAAUUGCUCGCCUCUCGCACUUCCACCUUCACGCACCAAAAGUUUGAAAGAUGGUGUUCAUACAGAGAAACCUACCACUUCAUCUUCUGAAUCUAGCAACAAUAAAGAGAAUAUAAACUCAAACAAUUUAGAAAUGCCAAAAUUAGGUAUGGGACCUAUCCAAAUGAAGAGGAGAAAGAAGGGAGCAGAAUGCAAUUUACGGAAAAGCUUAGCAUGGGAUAGAGCUUUCUUUACUGAUGAAGGCAUUCUCGAUCCACGUGAAUUGAAUAUGAUUACUGGUAUCAAUGCUUACACAUGUGGAAGGGGAUUGCCUACUAUAAGUGAAGAGGGAAAUAGCUCAUUUUCUUCAGGUAGCAGAUAUAGAAAUGAACCCAAUGAUAUGGAGGCCUCUAAAGAAGCUCUACUUAAAGAGUUACAUAACAAGAGUCACACAUCAAAGGGAAACAGAGUGGGAAAUCAUGAUUCUUUACCUCAUCAUAAAAUUACACACAAAGUUCUCUUAACUGAUCAUUCAAAUUCAAAUAGAACAAGGCCAAAUUCAAACAUUUUGAGAACAACAAAAAAGGAUUCCAAGCUUCCUAAACUACCCAUGUCAAAACUCGGAUCUUGCUCUUCUACAAAGGGUUCUAUAACAACAACAAGCCAAUUGAGGCAUAAUCUGAUUCCUAAACCACCUGUAAAUUCUCAGAAGAAUGUUGGGUUGAAAAGCUCUUUAAAAGACUUUAAAGCAAAAACAGGAUUAGACAACCCCCAUUCUAAAGAGCUAGCUCAAAAGACUGUAAAAUCGACACACUCAUCUUCUAAAGCAACUUCUUCAACCAAAUCACAGUUUGUACAUGUUGACAAAGCUCAUAGUGGGUUAGAAAUGGUUCCAGAUAGAUUGCAUUCAUGUGAAAUUCAUGACGAAUCUACCCCUCUUCCAGCUAAAACUCUACCUCAAUAUACUCCAACAACUUCAGUAAAGAACAACUCAUUGCCUUCAGGACUAAGAUUGCCUUCACCUUCACUCCGAUUCUUUGAUCAGACAACAGCUACACCAAAAACACAGAAUGGACAAUGUUCUGUAUUAAAUUCUCAUACUACCCCUUGUGGUAGUCCAUCAUCCAAUUACAUGGUGAACAAAGGAGUCUUAAAUUCAAAUGUAUAUCAAGAUAUAGUGAGAAAAAUGCAAUACGAGUGUAUUAGUGCUUCUGAUGUUGAGUCACAUAAGGUCAUUGAGCAAGAGAAAAGAAUCCUUGAACACAAGGGCAAAAUGGGAAUUGAGAAAAUUGCAUUGAAGGGUAAUGAGGAGAACAGAGAAGGCAAGAAUGCCAACAUUCAAUUGUCUGAAAAUGAUGAAAGAGUUCCUUUUGUUCUUGAAACAAAAGAUGAUCAUAUCUCCACUUCAGUGUCUACAUCUGAACAAUCCAUUCAACAUCAAGAACAAAAACUUUUGACUAUGGUUGAAGUGGGCCCAUGUGAAAUUGCAACUAAGAUUAAUGAUCAUCUUUUGGUAGAACAAAGUGGCUCAACUUAUUCAAGUACUUAUCCACAGAGUUUGGAUAUAAUACCAAUUGAAGAUGAAUUUAAAAACAAUAAUGAAAAUCAAAGGCAUCAAGAAAUGGGGAUAAUUAUUGAGAGCAUGUUAACAACUACACAUAGUGUAGAAGCUGAGGUGUCAAAGAUAAGCUUUGGGGAAGAAUUUGAAGCUAAAGUGAAAGUGCUUCAAGAAACAAAGAGUCCAACAAUGUUGAAGAAAAGGUCAUAUAACAUCAAGUGGCAAGAUAACUCUUCUAUCAAGCAUCCAAUAAAUGCUAUUGAAGCUUGUGAUGAGGAUCUUGUUCAAACAUCAAAAAGGGAACAAUCUGAUACCAAAAAAUCAAAUUCUUGUAAGUUCCAUGAAGGGCAUUCUGGUAAUUUCGUUAGGCCUGAAGAAAGCUCAGGUUUACACACAACCGAGGUUAAUGAUCAUAUUUCUCAAGACAAAAAUGCAAAUCCAAAAGAAAAUAACAAAGAAGCAACAGUGUUGAUGAAGAAGUCAAAUAACAUCAAGAAGCAAGAUAAGUCUUUGGUCAUACAUCAAGAGGAUCUUGCUCAAACAUUAAAAAGGGAACAAUCUGAUACCAAAAAAUCUAAUGCUUGUAAGGUUAUCCCGUGGAGUCCCAGAGGGGGAAAUUGGAAAAAAGAAGAUGACGUUGGAGCCACAACUUCUUGCAUUUCUGCAUUACUGAAUACUGAAGGGCAUUCUGGUAAUUUCGUUAUGCCUGCAGAAAGCUCAAGUCUACAAGAGGGACCUUUUGAAAUUGCAAGUGAGGUUAAUGAUCAUAUUUCUCUAGAAAAAAAUGUGAUUCCAAAUGUUGUUCAAGAAGAAAAUAACAAAGAAGCAACAGUGUUGAUGUAA